AUGUCACAACGGGUACUGAGAAAGCGGACUAUCGUUGUUACAACAUCCGACGACGAGGAUGGCUGUUGGUUGAACUCACAACGACAAUCUUCGUUUUCGCAAGGCACGCAACGAGCUUCGCAACCGGCUACUUCGCAAUCCCAACGAACGCAAACUUUGAGAUCAAGUCAAAGUUUCAACUUCAGUUCGCAACCCAACUUUUCAACUCACAAAGAAGCUUCCUCUCCGCCUGCUGAAGACGCUUCUUAUCCUGAUCGAUUAAAACCUACUUCUCCUUCAGACUUGGCUGUAAAUCCUACGAAGCUCCAAGAACUCAAAGAUUGGUUGAAGAAAGCUAAAGUUGGAAGCCAACGUCUUCUUCUAACAGGACCACCUGGUGCAGGAAAAAGUACUUCCGUCGAAGUAUUGUCCCGUUCCCUCGACAUAGCUCUACUUAUAUAUGAAGCUGAAUUACUCUGCGAAGUGAAUGCUACCAACGGAACGGUUUAUCAGGAAAAUGCCACGACGGCUUUCUUCGAUUUUCUCCGAAAUCCGCGGAAGCCAUGUGGAGAUACUCGACCAGCGAUUUUACUUAUUGACUCUCUGCCUCUCUCAUCUAAAUGGAACUUCAAAGAUUUCCAAAACGAUCUAGCAUGUGCCCUCCGCAUCUGCAAGUUCUCGAUAGUUUUCUGUCUCUCGGAUGACAGUACAGAUUACUGGCAUUCUUACAAAGCUGCCUUUACUAGUCUUUUCAUGAAUGAAAACAAUAUCACUUCUAUGUCUUUCUUACCAAUCGCCAAUCGCUUCAUGGAUAAAGCUCUGGCGAAAGCUAAUAAUACUCUAAAGCUGAAGCUCAGCUCUUCUACUCUGAAAGAGGUUGCCAGUAUUGCCAGCGGUGACAUUAGAGCUGCACUUAAUAUCAUCCAGUUCUCUCUAAGCAAUAGCGGCAACAAAGCCAAUCUGGAAGCUCUUCACCAAGGCGCAUUCACGUCAACGAUUUUUCAUCAGAUUGGAUCACUUCUUAAUGCAAAGCGAAAGGAAGUGACAGACGAUUCUUUCGACACGUGCAACGUGCCUAGUAGACCACCUCUAAUUCGUGAAGCCGAAGAGAUAUUGGAAAUGACCAACGCAUCGCCAGCGAUGAUUACUUCGUUCCUUCACGAACAUGAACCGAACUUCUCACCUUCAAUCUCGGCCACACGUCGUGUGUUCGAAUUGUUUUCUUAUUGUGACUCACUCAGUAGUCGUUGGGAGUUCAGAGAGAAAGUCAACGAAUACUCUGCUCAGAUUUGCACCAGGGCAGUUCAGUUUCACAAUUAUGGUGAAAAAGAGAACAAAUCGAGAAGUACUUACUGUAUCACCAAACCUAAGUUUAACGAAUUAGAGAAAGAUGUCCGUUCGAGCUUGAAGCAAGUUCAAAGUGUUGUACAUAUACUCAGCUUGGGUAGCGAUGCGUUUUCUUUAGUUCUCCCAAUGCUCCCGUGGAUAAGAGUUUCUGUAGAUAAAAACCAAAGUGAUAUCAUUUCUUAUCUCACACGGCCUUUGACAUUCUCUCGCUUGGCUGGCUAUCAGCAAUGGAUUACUCAAAGGAAUCAACAAUUAUCUGGAAGACUGCCUAAUGGUCCUUUGAUAUUGACAAGUCGGGAUAACAAAUCAGUCUUGCUCCAACCUGAUAUAAUUAUUGACUCAGGCUCCUUACUAGAUUCGGAAUUGAAUGAGGACUUUGUAAUUGAUGAUUCGGAUGAGAAUGUCGAAGAUAAUGAACUGUACGAUAGUUUUGACGACGGGUAUUAA